GAGUCUUAUGUUCAAGUUUAGUCAAUGGCUUGUCCCCCCCCCAGCAUUUGUGAUUCUUUUUGUAAAUGCCAUGUGUUCACGUUUCCUUAAAAGACUUCCAGGGUUUUCCUUCUGUUCACACAUUCAACAUGUUGGUGCAAAAGCUAAUCUGGAUCACAUUGUUGCGGUUUCUGUGUCAACAUGUCUCUGCAGGUGCUUCAAAAGCAAAAAUGACAACUACAAAAACAAUGGUGACCUGUGAAGGAGAAUCUGUGGUUCUCAAAUGUGAUGUGGGGCUCAUAAAGGUUCUUAAAGCCAGUUAUGGGCGGACUGAUUGCAAAACGUGUGCUAGUGGGAAACCAGCUGAUCAGCUCUCAAAUACACGCUGCCUUGCACAGUCCUCUCUGUCCACAAUGUCCACUAGGUGUGAUGGAACAAAGAGCUGUACUGUUCCUGCAGUGAACUCCGUUUUCUCUGAUCCUUGUGUUGGGACUUAUAAAUACCUGAAUGUGACUUAUGACUGUGUCCAACCAAGUGCAGAAGCAAAAACGAAUACGAAUACGAAAACAAACACAAAAACAACGGUGACCUGUGAAGGAGAAUCUGCGGGUCUCACAUGUGAUGUGGGACUCAUAAAGGUUCUUAAAGCCAAUUAUGGGCGGACUGAUUGCAAAACGUGCGCUAGUGGGAAACCAGCUGAUCAGCUCUCAAAUACACGCUGUCUCGCACAGUCAUCUCUCUCCACAAUGUCCGCUCGGUGUGAUGGAACACAGAGCUGUACUGUUCCUGCAGUGAACUCCGUUUUCUCUGAUCCUUGUUAUGGUACUUAUAAAUACCUGGAUGUGACUUAUGACUGUGUCAAAUCAAGUGCAGACACAAAAACGAAUACGAAAACGACAAACACAAAAACGAAAACAACAGUGACCUGUGAAGGAGAAUCUGCGAGCCUCAAAUGUGAUGUGGGAUUCAUAAAGGUUCUUAAAGCCAAUUAUGGGCGGACUGAUUGCAAAACGUGUGCAAGUGGGAAACCAGCUGAUCAGCUCUCAAAUACACGCUGCCUCGCACAGUCUUCUCUCUGCACAAUGUCCGCUCGGUGUGAUGGAACACAGAGCUGUACUGUUCCUGCAGUGAACUCCGUUUUCUCUGAUCCUUGCGUUGGGACUUAUAAAUACCUGGAUGUGACUUAUGACUGUGUCCAAUCAAAGGAACAAUGUAACCGGUGUCAGAUGGGGUGAAAUGGUUCAAGACUUCUUCCUAAGUGCUUCAAAUUGUUUUCUCUGAUCCAUGUGUGGGUGUCCAUAAAUCUGGACGUGACAUACAGCUGUAAAUAAAAGUUACUGUCCUGCCACAAA